CGCAUUGUUAAGACCUUCAAGCCUGCGGGCCAAGCUAUAAAAACAAAUCGCUAUUAUCGGAAAACUAAAGAACAAAGUGAAAAAAUUCAAAAUGAUAACCCCAGAAGGUUAUUUGACAUUCGGUCGUUUCUUGCUGACCAUCGGUCCCAGUGCCAUGGUCCUGCUGAUGCUUAUCCAGGGCAUCAAAGACCACCGGCCGGACAUUGUUGAUGCCGGCAAUCGGGUUUUUUCCACACCGAUUACCUCAUUGCGUGAUCGUUAUGAUUUCAUAAUAAUUGGUGGCGGUUCGGCGGGUUGCACCCUGGCGGCCAGACUCUCCGAAGUACCGCAUUGGAAUAUUUUACUCCUGGAAGCGGGUGGUGAUGAACCUUUGCUUGCCGACAUACCCAUGUUAUAUCCCGUUUUGCAACGCAGCCCCUGGGAUUGGAAAUAUUGGGCAGAGCACUCGCCACGUUAUUGCCUGGCGAUGGUGAAUCAGCAAUGCUAUUGGCCGCGGGCCAAAGUUCUGGGUGGCUGUAGCAGCAUCAAUGCCAUGAUGUUUAUUCGCGGUAAUCGUCGCGACUACGACCAUUGGGCCGAGUUGGGAAACGUGGGAUGGAAUUAUGAUAAUAUUUUACAUUAUUUCCGGAAAUUGGAGGAUAUGCGUGUGCCGGGUUUUGAAAAUGACCCAUAUCAUGGUCAUGGUGGCCCAAUUUCGGUGGAGAAUUAUCGUUCGCCCUCGCCGUUGUUGGACGUGUUCAUGGAGACAGUGAAAGAGAGGAAUUUGUUAAAUCCCUAUCAAGAUUUCAAUGGACGUUCUCAAACCGGAUUUGCCAUUCCCCAUGGCAGCUUACGCAAUGGUUUACGCUGCAGUGCCAACAAGGGUUACAUACGUCCCGUGUGGCGGCGACCCAAUUUAGACAUUAUUUUAAAUGCCUAUGUCGAAAAGAUCAUCAUCGAUCCACGAAUCAAUGAAGCCAGAGGUGUACUCUUCGAAUUGCUGGGCGUUAAACAUAAGGCCAUAGCAUCGAAGGAGGUUAUUUUGUCGGCGGGGGCCAUUGCUAGUCCCCAGCUGUUGAUGGUAUCCGGGGUGGGGCCAAAAUCUCAACUCAACAAAUUCAAUAUUCCCGUUCUGAAACAUCUACCCGGCGUCGGUGGCAAUUUGCAGGAUCACAUUUCCACGACGGGAGCUACGUAUGCCAUUCGAAAUUACGAAACCGGACAACAUUUGUCCUAUAUUGUGCCGGAAAUGAUGAAUGUCGAUUCGGUAGAUAGAUUCAUACACAAGGAGGAUAGCUUCUUCUACGCCAUGCCCAUGUCAGAGGUUAUGGGAUUUUGGAGUAGCAAAUAUCAAGAUCCCAAAGUGGAUUGGCCAGAUGUCCAGUUCUUUUUGGGUAGUGUCAGUUAUGGCUCGGAUGGUGGUAUGAUCGGUCGAAGAGGAUCGGCGGUGACGUUUUCGAAUUUCGCCGACACCGUGGAACCGGUGCUCUAUAAGGACUCAUUUGUUAUAACACCCUUGGUGAUGAGACCCCGGAGUCGAGGAUGGAUUGAGUUAGAUUCGGAUAGUGUUAGGGUUUAUCCCAAGAUACAUGCGAAUUAUUAUGACGACCCCUUGGACAUGGCCAUAAUGGUGGAUGCCCUGAAAUUUGGUCAUGAGCUGACUCAGUCGCCCUCACUCAGACGAGUGAACGCCACUCUGAAUAUCUAUGUUUGGCGCAACUGCCCCGAAGUGGAAUAUCUUAGCGACGCCUUUUGGGAGUGUUUGGCCCGUUACUAUUCUCAGACGAUCUAUCAUCCGGUGGGCACCUGCAAAAUGGGUCCCAACACAGAUCGUGAUGCUGUUGUCGAUCCUCGCCUGAGGGUGUACGGUAUAAAACGGCUACGUGUUAUCGAUGCCAGUAUAAUGCCCACCAUUACCACAGGCAACACCAACAUACCCACAAUUAUGAUAGCCGAAAGGGGAGCGGACAUGAUUAAAGAAGAUUGGUUGAAAUCGAGAAGUGCUUAUUGAGUUUAUUGUUUCGGUGUGUGUGUGUAUGUGUGUGCAUUUUGC